AGCACGGCAGCACGGGCACUGUCAUCACAAGCCUGGAAAGAGGUCGAGCCAUGCUGUACCUGACACAGGUGCUCAAUGAGAUAAAAAAGGAGUCCAACCCUCCAAAGUCUCUGCGAGCGGAGCACCUCUUCAAGCUCAACGAGGCAGUCUUCAACCUCUCUGAGGAGGAUGCUGUGGACGGGCCUUUGGCAGUGAAACUUUUUCAGGCUGUUGAGAAGAUCCACACUGCCUACAACACGGGCAAGUAUGACAACACAGACUCGAACUUUUUCUACGAUUAUUUGGCUUUGCUCGGCACCAUGCAGAAUCAACACUUCUUCAGCCAGAAGCAGACUGAAAAGAUGCUGGGUUGGAUUAAAGAGGUCGUUGACACCAGUGGCAUGUUGGCUGCACCGAGCACCGGUGGUUCCAGUUCAAAGGCUCUGGAGGCCGAGAACGAGAAGCUUAGAAAGAAGCUGGAAAAACUCGAGGGCGCUGUGCAGACGAUCCGCAAUAUCGAGACGGAGCCCAAAGGAAAGAGCAAGACCAGUGCCAAGGUCAAGGCAAAGGAGGAGCCUCCUGUCAAAGCAUCACCAGGGAAGAAAGGCAAAGGAAAAGGCAAGUAUGAUGACUAUGAGGAGGAGCCCGUGGUGAAGGGCAAAGGAAAGGGCAAAGCCAAGAAGGAGAAGGAGGUCGUUGCCGUUGCGCCCAAGGGGAAAUCCAAGGGCAAAGGCGAAGCCAAAGGAAAAGGCAAGGAGAAAGCGCCAGAGCCCGUCAAGGGCAAGGGCAAAGGCAAAGGCAAAGUGAAGGAGGAGUAUGAGGAGCCUCCUAAGGGAAAGAGCAAAGGCAAGGGCAAAGAGGGCAAAGGAAAGAGCAAAGAAGAAGAUCCUCCUCUCAGGAAGGGAAAGGGCAAGGGCAAAGGCAAAGAAGAGCCCAAGGGCAAGGCAAAAGGUAAAGGAAAGAAGGGCUGGAAAUCAAAAUGAGCACAAUCUGCUGAUCCUCUGAGGGAUUCCCAGCCGCGAGACCCAAUUCGCACAGCUGAUUCAGCUUUGCUGAGACUGCUCACCUCGCAUUCCGUUUCUACAUGUUCACAUCUUUUCACUUGGUGUUCAUUUU